GCUGUCAUCAAAAGUUACACGCGAUAUAAACAUCAACUAAACUUGACCUUUUGCAGUGGAGAACUGAAGUUUGUGUCUUGAAAUUAUUUGAAAACGAGUCAUUGGAUUUGUUGAGAGUGAUCGAGAUUUCUUAUUUUAUUAAGUGCGUUUUCCGAGUGGCUGUUAUCCAACUUCGAAGAUGGUCAAAGAAACCGGUUACUACGACAUAUUGGGGGUAAAACCAAACUGCACUCUCGACGAAUUGAAGAAAGCCUAUAGAAAAUUAGCCCUGAAGUAUCACCCGGACAAGAAUCCUCACGAGGGGGAGAGAUUCAAGCAGAUCUCCCAAGCGUACGAGGUGUUGUCAACUCCGGAGAGGCGCGCCAUCUACGACAGGGGUGGAGAACAAGCCUUGAAGGAGGGUGGUGGAGGCUCUCACUUCGCCUCCAACCCGAUGGACAUCUUCGAGAUGUUCUUCCACGACGCCUUCGGUGGUGGCAGUCGGCGAGGCCCUGGGGAACGGAAGAGUAAAGACGUGGUCCACUCCCUCGCCGUGACCCUCGAGGACCUAUACAAGGGCGUGGUUAAGAAGUUGGCCCUGGAGAAGAACGUGAUCUGUGACAAAUGCGAAGGCAGAGGGGGGAAGAAGGGAGCGGUGGAGAAGUGCCUCUCGUGCCAAGGAACGGGUAUGCAGGUCCGCAUCCAACAGCUGGCGCCGGGGAUGAUACAGCAGACUCAGACCGUGUGCGGCGACUGCGGAGGUCAGGGGGAGAAGAUACCGGCGAAGGACCGCUGCAAGACGUGCCAAGGUAAGAAGACGACUCGCGGUCGCAAGAUCCUGGAGGUUCACGUGGACCCCGGAAUGGUGGACGGCCAGAGGAUCACGUUCGCCGAAGAAGGCGACCAAGAUCCCGGAUACAAACCCGGAGACAUCGUCAUCAUCCUGGACGAAAAAGACCAUCCUAGGUUCAAAAGGUCCGGCCACGACCUGAUCCUGAGGAUGCAGCUCGAGUUGGUCGAGUCACUCUGUGGUUUCCAGAAGGUCGUGCGGACCUUGGACGACAGAGACCUGCUGAUCACGGUGUUGCCCGGGGAAGUGGUGAAACACGGGGACGUGAAGUAUGUCCUGGGCGAGGGAAUGCCCCAGCACAAGAAUCCCUUCGAGAAGGGCCGCCUCAUCCUCCAGUUCAUGGUGAACUUCCCGAGCAGCCUCUCCCCAGAGGUGAUCCCCAAACUGGAGGCCUGCUUGCCCCCCAGGGGGGAACAGACGGUACCCGAUAAUGCGGAGGAGUGCCUUCUCAUCGAUAUGGAUCCAGAGGCGGAGGCUAGACGUCGGGAGUACCGCAACGUCUCCGACGAAGAGGAAGGCCACGGACAACCGAGGGUGCAGUGUGCAACAAAUUAAUUGGUCUACACUUGUUAAUAUCGAACCCUUGUGCUGGUGCACUCAAAAUUGCUUUUUUCCGCUCGUAAUUUAAAGUUGUAUAAUUUUUAUUUGUACGUCAUUAAAUGUUUCAAUUAGCGUUUAAAAUUUACUGAUUAUAACUUUUUAAUUGUGUAAUUGUCAUAACAAACUAGCUGCAAAUCUCCAUAAUUCAUUUGAUCCAGGCAUGUGUUGAUCCAUAGAGAAACCGGGAACCGCAACCCUCCCCCUUUCAACCAACACCUCCUUACUUGUCAUUUGGAACCCUCCAUUCAGAUGUAUGAAAUAAAUGUCAUCCAGCAAAA